UCAACAUUCACGAUAUGGGGACUCUCCUCUAUGUCAUAAUCUUGCUUGCUUUUGUCUAUGUCUUAAGGAAAUAUUUGCUGCACCUUAAGCUGCCUCCAUCUCCCUGGGGAUUGCCCCUCCUUGGACACCUUCAUCAUCUUGCAGGAAUUCCUUUCCUCUCAUUGCAUGCCCUGUCCAAGCAGUAUGGACCAAUUCUUUUCAUGAAGCUGGGAACCGUGCCAGCGGUUGUCAUCUCAAGCUCGGUUCUCGCCAAAGAGGUGUUGAGGUCGCAAGAUCAGAUGUUUGCUUCCAGGCCUUACAUCCUCGUUGGAGACUAUGGCUUGUACCACUUCCAGGGGAUCGGACCUGUCCCUUACAACGAUCACUGGAAGAUGAUGCGAAAGCUCUGCGCCACGGAGCUUUUCACUCCCAAGAGGAUCGAUUCGUUUCUCCCAAUCAGGCUAGAGGAGAUCACCGGCAUGUUUUCGGCGCUUCGAGGUGCUGGAGCGCACAAAGCUGUGGACAUGAGGAACAUGUUGUCGAUCUUCACCUUCAAUGUCAUGACCCGGAUUCUCAUGAACAAGAGAUUCUUCGAGUACGGGGAGGAUGAGGAGCACAUCGAUGGCGAGGCCAAGCAGUUCAAAGACAUUGUGUUCGAGACAGCAGACCAGGGACUCCAGUUUCAUAUCAGCGAGUUCAUCCCGCACUGGCUCCGGUGGAUUGAUUGGAAAGUCCCGGAACUGAAGAGGCUCCAUGCGAAGAAGGAUAAGUUUCUCCAGAACAUCCUUGACCAGCACAAGGACAUGGCAUCGACAAAGGAACACAAGGACUUCAUGGACAUCAUGCUGCAAAAUCUAGAGCACAGAGGAGCAGCCAGGGAGGAUUUCAUCAAGGCAGUAGUCCUUGAACUCACCAUUGCGGGGACCGAUACAAGCGCUUGCAUUGUCGAAUGGACCCUUCUGGAGCUCCUUCACAACCCCCGAGUCCUGAGUAAGCUCAAGGAAGAGCUUGAUGCUAUGGUAGGAUCAAGUAGUCACAUGGUCGAGGAGCCCGAUUUCCAGAACCUGGACUACCUCAACGCGGUGAUCAAGGAAGCUUUUCGUCUCCAUCCACCUCUGCCGCUCCUCAUUCCUCACAUGUCGACUCAGACUUGCACCAUAGCCGGCUUUCACGUCCCAAAAAAUGCCUUCUCGUUUGUCAACGAAUACCCAUACCGAAAAAAAGCAGGGGUAUGGGAAAAGGCGGAUGAGUUUUGGCCGGAGAGGUUUCUUGGUAAGUCCGUGGAUGUUAGAGGCCAGGACUUUGAGUUGCUUCCAUUCGGAUCUGGGCGACGGGCUUGUGCGGGAAUGCAGCUGGGCUUGAAGACUGUCCAGCUUUUGGUGUCCAAUUUGGUCCAUGCUUUUGACUGGAGCUUUGUUCCAGGCAAACCGAGUGAAGAUUACCUCCUUCAAGAACGUCAUGGCACGGUUAACUGGAUCAAGACCCCAUUACAAAGUGAUGUUAAUUGGGUGCUGGUAGUUCCCAAUAUUUUGCAGUGCUACUUCAAAACCCCUAAGUGA